UCGACGUACAGCACAUACUUUCAGGAGCUGCUUACGAUUCAUGCUGUCUACAUUCAGGCUGAUUUAGUCAAGAUACGAUCCUUUCGAAAAAAGAUAUUGUGACCGGAAAAAAAGGGACGGACAUCCGGAAAAUUUUCCUUUUUCAUUAGUGCUAUUGCCGAGUGAGUUGAAGUUAAAAAAUUCACCACCAUACAGAUAUUUGAAGAUCCCACUUUUCCGGUGAAUUGAUCUCAGCCAGUGACAACAUCGUUUCUGCAGAAGGACGCAGUGAACCGUUGCGAGGAUUAUGUUUCCUCAGUCGGUCGGUGGUCGGUCGGCAUGAAGUUGGAGUCAGACAAGUAUUGUGGUAAAGUGAAUUCAUUAUUACACACUCGGGCUAUCCUCUAGUGGGUGCCGUAUGUGUCGUCUGCCGGAACGGAAAGUGGCUUUUGAUUUGGCUGGCUUCUUCGGUGGUCAAACAGCUUCCCUUGUGUCUAACCGUAAAUGAUGAUGAUGACCUGAGAAUGGAAAACAAUUUCCUCCGGAAAGGGAGCGUGGAAGAUCAUUUGCCAACUGGAUUUUGUUCGGAACUGUGUGUAUUCCCUGGACUGUGAAGUUUAGUUUCCGUCGGAUUAGACGAGUUUUAAGAAUGAAUUAGUGUUGCUACAGCUAUUCCACUUUGUUUAGAUUGGUUCAGAGAAAACCAUACACACUUUACUGAACUGAGAGCUAAUUAAGAGGCGGUAGCGUUGGGAUUACACAACUCGAAAGUGAAAUUGUGCACAGAAUUGGAUUUUCCUACAACAACUUGUGGUCUGUGCUUGUCAAGGAAUAUAAUUGAGGAUAGAGUGCAAAAUUUCUUCGCUUCGUCGGGACAAAGUGAGGAAAAUGGAAAAAAAGUUUUCCAUCCCAUUAGAAUACAACAUUCUCGGAUGAGGCUGACCCUCAUCAAGGAGACGAUUGACUAAUUCACUGCUUUAUCAGAACAAGAGAGAGAGUGAGAGAGGGAGAAGAGCCACCGGACGAAACUGGCGGGGAAACAAGGAAUAGUUUUCCAUAAUUAAGUCUGCCCGGCUCAAUGAGUGUCUUCAUUAUUGGAAAGUUGCGUUACAAGCAGUAAAUUAGCAAUGAUUCACCACCAGCCAACGAAAUACCAUUCGAAUCCUUUGACACAUUUUCUCAACUUACACAACUCGCAUGCCACUGCGGCAGCGGCAGCCGCAGCUGCUGCAGCUGCAGCCGCUGCCCUGGAUCAGCAUCAGCAGCAAUUUCACCAGCACACGCAUCAAAAACUUGAUGAUGAUUUGAAUCUGCUCAACAACAAUAACACGGUCGGUGGAAAUGAUGACUUCGAUAAGCACCCGGAAGCAGUGGGUGGGAGCAGUUUGGACAUCGAGAACAACGAUACAAAUCAGUCUAGUGACGCCGAGAAUAACAAUAUAGACAUUAUCGAUGACGAUGAAGACGAAGAGUGCGAGGAAGACGUGCUGGAAAUGGUACGAAAUGACAAUCACACUCCCGGAACCACUUCACUGGAUGCCGAAGGAAUUGGAAAAUCUUUCACCAUAGCAGCCAUCUUGGGGUUGAAAAAGAAACACGACUCCGAUGGCCAUCACUUCAGUGAUGUUAUGAAUCUUUCGCUAAACAAUCACGGUGACAGUGGGUCUGCCUUUCAGCAGCGGGUAAACCGAGAAACGGACUUACCCUCACCGUACGAAAACAGCCCGAAUCAAGCCAAUCAUCACAUAUCACAAUCGCCGCAAAGCAAUGUUAACAGCAGCUUAGCGGCACUUCAGACACUUCACCACAUUCACAGCACUGCCGGUGGCUUCGCCGCGUCACAUCAAUUCCACCAUCAGCAUCCUCCUCCAGGCGCCAAUGGUAGCAGUAUCAGCGCUGUCAGUAAUGGUGGUCCGUUACAUUCAUCCCUACCGUCGCAUCAUACCGCCCAGCAUUCACACCAUCUGCAUGCGCACCAGGCCUUGUCGGGACAUCCCGGGGCACAUCUUGGAGGCCAUCAGCAGACACCACAACAGCCACUUCUUUCCAACAACCAUCAUCACCACCCGCACCAUCAUCAUCAUCAUCACCAUUUGGCGAUGGCGGCACAUCAUCAUGCGCAGAAUCAUAACCGGGAUAAAUUUAAGGAUCUGGGAAAGAAAUCCUCCAUCGCCGCUUCGUCAGCGCUCAAAAGCAAACGUGUCCGUACGAUCUUCACACCGGAACAAUUGGAACGACUCGAAGCCGAGUUUGAACGGCAACAGUACAUGGUUGGUCCCGAGCGGUUGUACCUGGCGCAUACUCUUCAACUUACUGAAGCACAGGUUAAAGUUUGGUUCCAAAACCGUCGCAUUAAAUGGCGCAAACAUCAUCUCGAAAUCACCCAGCAACGUUUGGCUCUGAUACGACAACGACAGAUCGCAAGUGGCGUUGUUCCUCCGUCAGCAGCACCUAGCGCAACUAGUGAUCGUGUGUCUCCAUCGUCCGAUGGGACGCAGCAGAUCAUCAACAGUGGGCGCAUGAUACUCGAGCACGUGGGCGGAGGCACUGAAUCACCAGAACUGACUAUCUGUACAGAUUCGUUAGAGGCACGAAGCGUCAGUGAGAGUGAUGAUUGAGCAGAGAAGGGAAAAAAACGAUUGCACAAGGAUCAGCAGUACCGUGCAACGAACCUAAAAUUGUAAUAAAAUACAGGGAAUAGAGAUUUAUGUUGAAACAUUUGUUUGUAAUCACUGGGGUGAUUGAAAUUGUAGAAUUAUAUCUUAUUUGAAUACUUACGAUCCAACACGAUAAUCACUUUUAUGUAAACGGUAGAGAAUAUGUGUAUAAAAUGUU